AGUGGGUGAAAAGAAAAGAGUUUUACUUCUAAAUGCUUACUGGGGUGUUGAUAACAUGAGUUAUGAUGGCACAUCUCUCCAUGAGAUUUGCAAUGUCUUUUUGAGGGUUUUUUAGUGAAAUAAAACCAGUCAGACGUCAUUCUGUGCGGAAUCAGGGUCCUAUUGUGGACCUGCAUGUGGAAGCAUUAUUUUAAAUGACUUUUGAGUGGAAACAAAUCAGCUGGGGGAGAAUGUCCAGUGUAAUUAUCACAUCCUCUCCUGAAUUUAUGAUUUUGUUUCAAUGCCUUGGUACUUGCUGGAGGAUAAUGUUUUGUGUAGUUAAGUGCUUUGUUUACGGAGGUGUGAAUUGUUAUUGUAUUUUUAGCUAUAAAAAUGCCAAGGGAAAAAUUUAAACCCUCAGCUUGAAGCGAGGAUAACAAUAGCGAGGAUUAUUUGUUGAGCUUUUUGAAAGUAAACUUGCCAAUUCUUUUAAAACUUACAUUUUAAAUAGUUUAAAACCUUUUAAUUUAUAUAUGCUGAAACUGACAAAUCCAUAAUAUUACUGUCAUUCUAAAUAAAUAAAAGUAAAAAUUAAAAUCUUGGCUCUAUGUUCUAUGUUAAAAUUUCAAACAUUUAUGGGAAGCCCCUGAUGGUUUUCGGAGCAGCAGCUUAGUUCACUCAUACCUCAGUCCGGCUCUGCCUUUGAGUCUCUGGUACAUGAGGUUAUUUCUUUGUUUUUGAAGAACUUUAUAGUUAAACUGUGAACUUCUUAAAAAGUAGCAAAUGCAGAUUUUUUUCUUGAUCCUUCCUGCAACGCUUAAAUAUUCUGGAUUAUUGUGAAUAUUUAAAAUAGUAUUAUGUUUCAAGAUCUUUAGGGUACUUAGUAUUUUAAUUAUGCUACAGUCCAGACCUAUAAAUAGAGCGCAUCAGUGUCAACAGACUGUUCUAAAAAAAAAAAAGUCCCUUUGAGCCAAAGUCACUGUGCGCAUGUGCACUGCAUCUCCCCACUCCCUGUCCUCUUGUCGCCUUGGCAACAGACAAAGGGGGGCUCUCUUUCGGCCGAAGGCAAGAGAGAAAAGGUAGCAUCGCUCGUCACAUGACCCUUCCUGUUCUCAGCAUCUCUGUGUUGAGUUUUUCGGAGCAGGUUUCGGACCCGGUGAGAUCAGCCCGGCUUCUCUUUGCGCGGACGGACUGAUCGGGGAUCGACAUGUCAGACAUAGUUCCACCAGAGGUUAGACCCAAGCCUGCUGUCCCUGCCAAGCCCCCAAAUGUGGGCACUCCUUCCCCUUCUAGUCCCUUCCCACCCCAGGGCCCAGUUGUGGGAGCUGGUGGCAUUGUUGCGCCCCCUCCAAGCGCUAUUCCGGUUCCCAUUGGAAGUCACGGUCCCAGCCACCCUGUCGGUCACAACGUGGGUCACAAUGUGGGCCACAGUGUGGGCCACAGCAGUGGUCAUCCUGGGGGUCAUGCUCCAGCUCACAGUGCGGGUCAUGGUCACGGAGGCUCCCACAGCUCCGGAGGGGGCUCCACCCUGCUUGGCUACAUUGGUAUUGACACCAUCAUUGAGCAGAUGAGAAAGAAGACCAUGAAGACUGGCUUUGACUUCAACAUCAUGGUUGUUGGUCCCAGCGGCCUUGGAAAGUCAACUCUGGUGAACACCUUGUUCAAGUCCCAGGUGAGCAGGAAGAGUGCAGGAUGGUCACGUGACGAAAAGAUCCCCAAAACUGUAGAGAUCAAGUCAGUGUCUCAUGUGAUUGAAGAGGGUGGAGUUAAGAUGAAGCUGACGGUUGUUGACACUCCCGGCUUUGGAGAUCAAAUAAACAAUGACAACUGCUGGGAACCCAUUUCUAAGUACAUCAAUGAGCAGUUUGAGAAGUUCUUGAAAGAAGAGGUGAACAUCACUAGAAAGAAGCGAAUUCCCGACACCAGAGUGCACUGCUGCCUCUACUUUAUUCCCCCAACUGGACACUCUCUUCGACAACUGGAUGUCGAGUUCAUGAAGCGCCUGAGUCACUCUGUGAACAUCAUUCCAGUGAUCGCAAAGUCUGACACAAUGACUGUCGAGGAGAGACAAGAGUUCAAACAGCGCGUUAGGAAGGAGCUAGAAAUGAACGGGAUUGAGUUUUACCCACAGAAAGAGUUUGAUGAUGACAUAGAGGACAAGAGUGACAACGACAAGAUCAGGGAAAUGAUGCCCUUUGCUGUGGUGGGAAGUGAUAAAGAAUACCAAGUGAACGGGAAGCGAGUCCUGGGGAGGAAGACGGCGUGGGGAAUCAUAGAAGUUGAAAAUCCAAACCAUUGUGAGUUUGCUCAGCUGAGAGAUUUCCUGAUCAGGUCCCACCUCCAGGAUUUGAAGGAGGUCACUCACAACAUUCACUAUGAGACGUACCGUGCCAAGAGAUUGAACGACAACGGAGGUCUGCACCCCAUCACUUCAAAUGACACCCAGGAAAGCAACCUGUAGUCAGGCAGUGAAAGAAUCGAUCAAGAUGAAAACAGUGCAAUGAAGCUCAUAUAGGAGUCUAUAAGAAAAUUUAUGAUUUUCACCCCCAGCUUUGCUGCAUGAGUGAAAUAACUGUUAUCAGUCUGUAAAACUUGGUGUCAACUCUGUUUGCCUCUCUCUCCAUGUUUAACCAUCCAACAUAUGCACAUCUUUUCCCCUAAGGGACACCAUCUGAUGAGGUUUUAAUGGAAAAUCGGUGAUAUGCCUCAGCCAAGAUAAAACAUCAUUACAUUACAUCUCUGGCUUGUGCACUGCAGCUGGCUUUAGGAGAUGCUUGCUGCAGUUCUCCCCUCUCUUCCAUGGGGCAUUUGCAGAUGUCUGUUUACAAAUGAAUUACAAUAACUCCUAAAUAGAGUCAGCAAUUCACAUUCUGUCAACAUGUAAUAACAAACAUAUCAAGCUCAGACUACCAGUCUGAAGCCUUUUUUUCUGAAUAGUUAGAUACAGCAUUUACACAAACUAAUGUGAUCUCCAGCCGAAUUUAUGUUCUCCAGCACAUUCAUGAUCCAUGUUACCUGACCUUUACUUUGCAUCCAUUCCUCAUUUAAGUUUUUACAAUUGGCUCAUUUUGAGGAGGUUUGUAGUUUUUUUUUUGUCACUUUUCUUUAAUGUUGUGUUCAAUGACAGCAACAAAAAUGUAGAAUUUUGAGUUUAUGUGUAUUAUAAGAGAAUAAUGAGUCUGAUUUUCAAGUCUGGGUGUCAAACACUAUACUGUCAAUACUUUCUGACUUUAAAUGUAAUAUGUAAGUUCUGAUUAUAAUGUAACGUUAUGUAGUACAACAGAGGCAGCAGGAUAUGAAGUCAAACUGUGGCUGGCAUGCGGAUAGGAAGCAGAGAUGCAGCAGUUAAUCAGCCAGAGAUCCGAAGCGGAUAAUUUUCGUCAUUGAUCGGCUUUGAUCAGUGAUCAACUGGUGAAAUUUUCUUUAUUAUGUAAUAAAUGCAUCCAAGCUAAGAACUCCCACCGUACAUAAAGAAAUUUGAUGCUCUUUAAUCAGGUUUUGAUGGUUAUAAUUUUUGCAGGUUCUUUUUUGAUUGAUUCAAAGUUAAGAUGACAUUUCGUCUCCUUCAAAAAGGAUUAUUUCUAUCAGGAAACUUGCACUGAUUUAGAUUUUUUGAAUGGAUGAAAAAAAAAUCACCAUAAUAUUGUGUGUUUUUUUUCCAUUGCUUUUCUAUUUUUUGGCUGCAAAGACCAAAAUAUAGGAUGUUGAGCAUUAGAAGUUGAAAUAUUAAAAAGAUUUUUAGUUUCAUGCUUUAACUACGUAAAACCAAUAACGGUGAGACAUAGUGCCAUUAUAAAUUAACUUUUAUCUGUUUUUAUUACUGGUCUCACUUGUUAAAAACUUAGAAAGUGCCACAUUGAGAAGUGUACAAUUAACUAAUAGAGAUUCUAGUAUUGAAUCUAAAUUUCUGUGCAGCAGGAAGUAACAAGCCAGCUCUACUAAAGAUUAAAAUUCUCUGCAGCUGCUUCUUGAAUACACAAAGAAUCCCUGUGGCUUUGUUGUCAGAAGGUCCUAACAAACCUAACAAGCUGCGCAGUCUUCCUCAAUUACCAACUCCAGUAAAGAAAAUUUUCUGUAAUAUUCCCUCGCCUGGCUCAAUUCGACUCUUUUUAAAUGGGAUACAGCAGCGGUUUUAUCCACUUUAUACUACAGUAGACAAGGACUUAGGUUUAAAUAGGAAAGAUCCAACUGAACACUUGCAUGGGCUUAGUGUGCUCCUGCAGUGACACCUUGAGUAUGUUUAACUAGAUGAUCAUAGAUUCAGAUGAAUUUUUAGUAAUUGUGAAUAUUUUUACACUUAAACAGAUGACAGGCUUUUAGAUUAAUUAGAUUAAUUGCAGUAUAUAUUCAAAUAUUGGAAAGACAUUAAUUUCUGCACUAAGGUUUUCUUUCUUUUUAAUCACACGCUCUGACUUUACAAGAAAACAUUUUCCAGUUUUGUCACCAGUGAGUUUUCUUUGCAUGGCAGAAAUCUGGGCAAGAUUUUUAAGAUAUCUGCAAAAUGAACUGGUAUGUGGUCUGUUUACUAGGAGCGUGAGAACAGAGCUAAAAUACGUGUACUGCCAGUUUCAAAUUAAAUUCCACACGAUCACCACUUGGUGGCAGCACUCCGCAACAUUAAGACAGGAUCAAAAAAGACCUCAGUUGCUCUGACUUUUUUUUUUUUCCUGAAAAGGUUUACAGAGUUUGCCAACAAAUCUAGUCGUAUCAGGUUUAUGAAAAACUUCCAUGUUAAACACUCCAAUUACGUGCACUGAAUUAAGCGAGCUGUAAACGUGUUUACCGGGUUUUCUUCAGGACUUAAGCAUUUAUAAAUGUUCAGCCAUGUACAGUAUGCUGUGGAGAACAAAUAUGCCAAAACGAAAUGAUGUGAUCCUUCAGUAAAUCAUUCAUUAUUAAUAUAAACAGUCACUCAUGUGGGUAUGAUGUUUGGCAAAAUGGUCAUAGUUGUGAUUUUAGUGCAAUCCAAGGUCUAAAAGCAGAGAUGUGUGGUAUUGUGUUUGUGCAUGCUUGUGUCUGUACUGCCAGUCAGUUCUCAUGUCACUAUGAUUAACUGAAUAUUUCUGGAUGUGUGGUUUGUGCAUUGAACGGGUGUGUCAUGGGGUUGCCCUCUGAACUCCUGUUACUCCUUUCAGUCAGUAUAACUUCAACAUGAUCACGUAAUUAUUGACAACUUUUUGCAAAGUUGGCAUGACAUAUUUAUAGCAUCAUUUCCAGUGUUAUUUGGCAUUAUUUAUACAUUAGUGUCUUAUCAUUGUAAUUUAUUCUUUUAUUUAAUAAAUUCACUUCCUCAUGUUUUUAA